CGCUCGCCACACAACUGCCGUUUACAUUAUCACAGCCUGCAGCCAUGUGCGAAACCCCUUUUCUGGCUCUCGAGCCGCAGUCGAUGCUCACUCAACAUUCAGAUUUCGAUGGGCGCACAUUAAAUUAGAAUAAGUGUAUUUUUAUAUGUUUUCGAAAAACUGACUAAAUAUAUGCCACUGUGAACUUGAGAAACAACAAUGUCGUACGCGAUAAAAGCAUUGAUUUCCGGUCGUGGGCUGCCGUUCUUGCUGGUGGGCCUGCUACUCAUUUCCGUGCCAAGCACCAUUUCUAAACCUGACGAAGCAGAUGGAAAUGAUCGGAAGGUGGCCAAUGUCAGCACACUGGAUCGGCUUCAUUUGAAUCUAUUCAUGAACUAUGACACCAACGCCCAGCCCACUGUGCAGGGCAAGCCAACGAACAUAAAUCUGGGUCUCUCGGUGAACUAUUUAGAUAUCGAUGAGCUAAACAGCAAAAUUACGCUGCAUUGCUGGCUGAGCGCCAGCUGGAUGGAUGAGCUUCGAUCGUGGAACCCACUCGACUACGACAACAUUACCAAGGUGCAUGUGCCUGCGUCCCAGCUAUGGAAGCCAGAGAUAACACUCUUCAAUGCUGCCGCCGAUGAUAAUAAUUAUCUGGCGGAAACUCAAGUGAUAAUCUCCCAUGAUGGCAAGCUCCUGUGGGUACCUACUGCUGUUUACACCGCCUACUGUAAUCUCAACAUGCUCAACUGGCCCUACGAUGUACAGACGUGCAAGCUGAAAAUUGGCACCUGGUCUCAGAGCCACAUUGAGGCGGCUUACGAUAAGCGCAGGCCGGCGCUCGACUAUGAUGAGAUGGUCCAAUCCACCGAGUGGGAUAUUGUCAGCGGAAAGACGAAGUUUGUACGUCAGGACCAUUACAAUUAUGUGGAGUUUACGUUUAAGGCUGAGCGACGCUCCUCGAUGUACACUGCGGUCAUCUAUACGCCCGCCUCUUGCAUUGUGAUCUUGGCACUGUCCACUUUUUGGUUGCCUCCGCAGAUGGGCGAGAAGAUACUACUCAAUGGCAUACUUAUCGUAUUGAUUGCCGCCUUCCUUAUGUACUUUGCCCAACUGCUGCCGGUGCUGGCAGGAAAUACACCACUUGUGGUGAUAUUCUAUAGCUCCAGCCUCCUAAUCCUGAGCAUAUCUACCAUUAUUGAAGUGGUGGUACUCUAUCUGGCUACGGCUCAGCACAAGCGUCGUUUACCGGACUGUUUGAAGCGAUUGUUGCACGGCAAGCUGGGCACCUGGCUGCUCCUCUCGCACUUCACCAGCGAGGCGGAGACGCAGUCGAGACAGGGCAAUGGCAUUGUCAAGGAGCUGGACGACCAACUGUACGAUGGUCCAGAUGAUUUGACCAAUCCGCUGGACAUCAAUCCCAGUGAAGAGCCCUCGGCACGUGCUCUGCAGUUCGAUUGGAUGCUGCUGGCCACCGCCGUCGAUCGGAUUUGUUUCAUUACCUUCAGCGUGGUCUUCAUAGUGCUGUCCAUUGUCUAUGCCAUCUAGGAUUACAUAUAUAUGUAUAUAUCUCAACUGCUCAUCCAUUUGUUCGGGCUGUAAUACUACUUGUGUGUACUUUAUAGAUAACUUGUAUUUCUAUUGCAA